AUGGAAGAUCGGUCGGGAAGCAGCAGUUCUUCGCUUUUCACCAGCGGCUCUGAUUCUUCAUCCACGUACCCGCCUUCCGACCUUCCGGAAUACAUCCGCGAAGACGACGUGCUCCCCGCGACUCCUUAUAUCAACGCUGAUCCCCGUAGUCGACAAGGCAUCGUCCCGGAUCCCCGGCGCUGUCACGGCUCAAUCGAACAGUUUGAAAGAUUCGGCCACGAACCUGCUUGCCGCCCCGUGGCACUGAGAGGAUUGUCGGAAGACGGAAAGAAACCAGCAAUCCGAAACAUGAUCGACUUCACCCAAAUCCUGCCCGCCAAGCCUCCCUUCACAGCCCCAGAGCCAGAAUUUGUCGAAGACGUCACGGAUCAGCAACAAUAUACGGGCGCUGAGCGGCAGCGAUAUCUAAAGCUGCACGCCAAAAACUUGAAGCGAUUGGAAUACGAGAAGACGGCCCGCGUCUCGCUGCCAAUGGAAGCGCUUCGACUAUAUUUCGACACACCCUACGAGGGUGGCUAUUUCUGGUUUCAAGUCCAGUUCUCCGGUCUUUACCUCCGUGAGGCGCCACAGAUAACAUUCUUAACCCGAGUCUGGCAUCCCUAUGUCUCAGCCAAGGGCUCGCUUCUGCUACCCAAAGAACAGCUCGACAAAUACCCGGAAACCGCCAUCGACGGGCUGCUCGACUGGAUGGUGGAGCUUCUGUUAACGAUACCUCCAGAUCCUCCCGGCCCGUAUUCUUCAAUUACCACUCAAUUCCCCGCCGAGCGUGAAGACCCAAAUGACGACGACCCAGAGGCCAUCGCCCGCGAUCGGGCUCGUAUGGCCCGGGAGUGGACCAAGAAGUUCGCGCUGGGCGGUGGA